GCGAGGCGGGGGCCGGCCGGCCACGCCCACACGGAGACGGAGGAACAAACAAAGCCGGAGACUUUCUCGCUUCAGUUUGCAGCAGCGUCCUCUCCUUCGUCCGUCCGUCCCCCCUCGCAAGCACUCCAGUCUCCGCUUACUUAUCACGGCCCCCCCUUGACUUCCCCUCCCCUCUCCCCUCCAUUCCAUACUCCUCGUCUUCUUUCCUCUUCCGCUUCCCCGGUUCCCCUUGUCUCCUCCUCCGCAAGCAACCCUCUUGCGUCGUUUCUGCUGGUCGGCUCCGGCGGGGGGGAGGAGGGUGCGCGGUGUGAGAUGGGGAACAUCUGCGGCGGCGCGGGGAAGGCCGAUGUGGCGGCGGACUACCGGCCGUCCAGCCCAGGAACAUCCAACUACAAGACGAGCGGCAGCGUCACCACCAGCAACAGCACCACGGGGAAGCUCUCCUCGGGGGGCAGCAGCACCUUCAUGGCCUCCGCGGGCAGCGGCGGCACCAGCGGGGGCUUCGACGAGGCCGCGGCGGGCUUCCUCGAGGGCCAGAUCCUGGAGGCGCCCAACCUCCGCACCUUCACCUUCCUCGAGCUCAAGACGGCCACCAAGAACUUCAGGCCCGACAGCGUCCUCGGGGAGGGAGGGUUCGGGAGGGUGUACAAGGGGUGGGUGGACGAGAAGACGAUGAACCCCACCAAGAGCGGCACCGGCAUGGUCGUCGCCGUCAAGAAGCUCAACUCGGAGAGCAUGCAGGGGUAUGAGGAAUGGCAGUCAGAGAUAAACUUUCUGGGAAGGCUCUCGCACCCAAACCUCGUCAAGCUGUUGGGGUACUGCUGGGAAGACAAGGAACUGCUGCUUGUCUACGAGUUCAUGGCCAAAGGGAGCUUGGAAAACCAUCUUUUCAGAAAAGGAUGUGCUCCACUGUCAUGGGAGCUGAGGCUGAAGAUAGCCAUUGGCGCUGCUCGAGGACUUGCAUUCUUGCAUGCAUCAGAGAAGCAAGUUAUCUACAGGGACUUCAAGGCUUCCAAUAUUCUUCUAGAUGCAAGUUAUAAUGCGAAGCUCUCCGACUUUGGGCUUGCUAAGCUUGGACCAACGGGUAGCAACUCUCAUAUCACGACCAGGGUGAUGGGCACCUACGGAUAUGCGGCUCCAGAAUACGUGGCCACCGGCCAUUUGUAUGUCAAGAGCGAUGUUUACGGUUUCGGAGUUGUGAUGCUGGAGAUGCUGUCCGGCAAGCGAGCGCUGGACCCCAACCGUCCCAAUGGGCAACAGAGCCUGGUUGACUGGGCGAAGCCCUACUUGGCUGACCGGAGAAAGCUCGCCCGCCUUAUGGACCCUCAGUUUGAGGGCCAGUACAACUCCAAACAGUCCCACCAGGCGGCGCAGCUGACACUCAACUGCCUUGCCGGUGAGCCCAGGAGCAGGCCGUCGAUGAAGGAGGUCCUCGAGACGCUUGAGCAGAUCGAGGCACUGAAGAGCCGGACAAGGGAGGCAAGAGGAGGGAGCGGGACGUCGUCUAGGGACCGUGCCCACGGCCGCUCUGCUGCAGUGCACCAGCGGUCAUCUCCACGCGGCAACGGUGAUGGGCGCCGUGGCUCGAGGCCCACCAAUGGCCACGCCACGAAGGCACGGUGAUCCCCAACCAACGGCUGUCAGAUGAUGACAUUCUUUCUCUUCCUGUACAUACAUGGCCUAAUUAAAUUAAUUUUUGUCUGAUGUUGGUGUUGAGCUUGUGUCGGAUCACGGUGAGUGUAAAAUACAGCAAGAAAGAAAAUCAGAGAUAUCAUGUAAUUGUAUAUUGUGAACACCUAGAAAUGGCAGAGGCAAUAAUUCUUCGGUGUU